AGUAGUGCUCCAGCAGUGCUCGUACAGUACGGGUCGGGUUGAGCGAGCGAGCGAGCAAGCGCCGCAAUUUUUGGGAAGGCUAGGGUGCCAACAACAACAAAACAGAACGCACGAAGUGUACGCCACUGCCAAGUCAGUCGAUUGGCGACGGUCGCGUUAGAUGGGUUUGCUGAAGCGCGCGCGUUAGGCGGCUAGAGCGCUUUGCUGUGUCGUGAGUUUUUUUGCGGUGUUUUUGUUUUAUUGAUCAAAGCUGCUGAAGCUCACGGGUCAGUCUCAGGCAGGACGGAAGCGGAGACAGAGCCGGGGAACAGCUGGACACCAUUUCGUGCCGUUCUGUUGGACGGCGCACGAAAAUUGGACGACAAACUGAAGUGUAUCAAACAGAAGAAAGCAAAAAAAAGCAAAUCAAAGCAUACAGAGAGGGAGAGAGAGAGAGAGAGAAAUAGUGACACAUAUAAACACUCACCUCUAACAUCGUGUCGUGUAGUGUGUGUAGGGUUAUGUGAAGUUUUGUGUGAAAAUCGCAAGCAAAACUGUUGAGUCGUUCGAGUGCUUUGGCAGCCUUUUCGGGUUGCUAGCCACUUGGCUGUGUUUAUGUGUGCGUGUGUGUGUGUGUGCUGCAGCGUGAUGUAGGUUGUGCUCCUUCCGCCCCUCCCCCCUGGAUAAGGCCUUCAACGGCAACGGAACGUAUCUGUAGGCCAUCCCCACUCGACGCGUUCCAAUUAAAGGGGCACGCCGAGCGGGCAGGCCCGGGCGAAAGUGUUUCUAUCAACCGGGAGGACACACGAGAAUAAAUAUUUACCCCCGGAUUCGCCGCUUUCUACCCCUUGAAGCUGUGUGUGUGUGUGUGUGUGCUUGGGUACAAUUCGGGCGUCUGUUCACACCGGAUCUCGCACCGAAACCGGCGGAAGCAGCGUUGGCACGACCGUGACCCCCGACCCCCUCGCAACACGUACGGUCACCCCGGAUGAGUGAGGUCCGCUGACGGGCUUUCCCCCCCCACAUCCAGUGGGGAUGGGAUGGGAUGGUGGCGGUCCGGGCCAUACCAGUGUCGAUCACGGAGCCGGUGCCAGUGCCGGGGAAGCAAACGAACCUGCCGGUACGGUGAACAACAUGCACUGAGUGCGCUGCUGUAGUGCGAAGGUAGUGCACGUAGUACGGGGCUAGUAGUGUAGUAGUGUGCCUCUGUGUCGAACAGCGAGCAAAGUGAUUGAAAUCGAAGAAGGAAAAGGGGAAGGUUUGCCGGGCGGCCGAAAGUAGUGGCAGUAACCGAAAAAAGAAGAAUUCGUUUGUGUGUGUGUGUGUGUGUGUGUGUGUGCGAGUGUUGUGUGAAAGCAUUCCCAUUACACGGUGACACGGUGCGACGUGAGCAGGCAGUGAAAAUGUUAUGUGCUCGGUUGAAAAUCGUCCUCUGCCUUAUACAGCUGCUGGCAAUGCAAGUGUCCCACAGCGUGCUCGGGCUGGAGAGUGUCCACAUACAGGUGCCGGUGGCGGUGCUGGUCGGCACGAGCGCCACGCUCAUCUGCGAGUGCGACCUGCCGGACGACGAGCUCUACUCGGUCAAGUGGUACAAGGGCAAGCACGAGUUUUUUCGCUACACCUCCAAAGAGAUCCCGUCGAUCAAGAUCUUCCCGAAGGCGGGCAUCAGCGUAAAUGUCAACCUGUCGAACGCUAGCCACCUGGUGCUGGUGAACGUGGAGCCGCAGAGCAGCGGCAAGUACAGCUGCGAAAUUACCGAGGCGGCCCCGUCCUUCCACACCAAGAUUGCGACGCGCACGAUGAACGUGGUGGACCUGCCGGCCACCGCACCCCAGAUCCUGGACAUCAAGCCGUUCUACGGGGCGGAGGAGUUCCUCGAGGUCGAGUGCCGGUCGGGGCCGUCACUGCCCGCCCCGAAGCUCGAGUGGUUCGUGAACGAUCUGCCGCUGCACCAGCCGCUGCCGGUCCCGUCCCGGCUGGAGUACGGGACGCAGCCCGGCAGCGCUGGCCGACCCACCACCGUCAGCAGCGCCGGUAGCAGCAGCAGUAGCAGUAGCAGGAAAAAACAAUCAGCCAAGUCUUCCUUGCCAGCACCGACGGUGCCACCGUCCACCGAUGGGGAGUCGCGCGAAAACGACCUGGCGGAGGUGCUGCCGGGCAGGCCACGGCCAGCGAUCGGCACUACCAAUGGUAGUAGCAGUAGCAGCACCACCACUACUAUCACCACCACUACCACCACCAGCAGCAGCAGCAGCAGCAGCCAGGAGCCGGCGGGCAACGGCACAUCCGGCGAGCACCGGAAGGUUGCCGGCAACAGUCGCUACGAGCUGGCCGUGUCCCGGCUGAAGCUGCUGCUCGAGCAUGGCCACUUCCGCAACGGCAAGCUGAAGGUGGAGUGUGCAGCGCACAUCUUCGACCUGUACCAGCAGUCGACGGUGGCGACGGCGGACGAAAACUAUCCCCAGGUGCGCGUGCUCUCGAACAGCGAUAAUGGCGUACACUUUUCCUUCAUGAGCGACAAGGACGAAGCUUCAUCGUCCGGAUCGCCCCGAUCGGUGCUGGCGUACCUGCCGGGGCAGCUGGCGCGCCUGGCCGGUACCAUCGGCGGCUGGGCGGCUCACCCGCGGACGGUGCACGGCGGUGGGAAGGCGAUUGUUGACACGGGCCAGCCGGCCCUCGUCUCGUACGUGCUGCUGGGCGUUGGCUGGCUUAGCUUGCGGUGGUGGCUGUUUUAGGCCGGCUCGGCCCCAUCCACCCCUGCCGCUAACGGUAACGCUUUCAGCUCUCCACCCAUUGCCGGACGCCGGAGCCUGGAGAAAUCACAGGAGGAAGACCCAGCAACACGCCCUAAACAUUCCAAAGUUUGCCAACGAAUUGUGAAACGAAUUUAUUCGCCCAACAACUGAACCCCGCCACUACUCCCUUUUAUUCCUCUCCCCCCCCCCCUCCGUUUGGGUAGGUGCUUUUUGUGCGCGCGCGUGUGCAACAGUGCUCCGAACGCUGCGUAUAAUUGUUAAGGAACGUGUUACACUGCCUGCCUUCUCCACCCACCCUCCCCAAAACUAUGCGAGAGAAAACUUGUUCGGCUCAAUAGAUUGGAAACGGUGGCAAUAGAUUGGACAUGCAUCCGGCUGUGUAAACGCAUGACUGAAACACUGCAAAAUAAAGGGCACCGACUACGGUCCGCUCGUACGCAGGUGAAGCUCCGAUUAGAGGUCGUGUGAGUUUUGUGUAGGUUUUGUGUUGUUAGUCAUUUUUCAAGUUCAAAAUUCUUUCUAAGGACGAAAAUUAAAAGAUAUUGCUGUAAUAAAUGAUGAUUUUUAGGCGACUUGCGAAACAGACGUUGGUGAUAAGGUUAGUUUUCUACUUUACAAAGCAAAAUGGAGGAGACCAUUCAUUUGACAGUUUGACUUUGACAGUUCACAGUUGUUAUUUAGAUGAAAUGGGGCCUUUUAUAUUUUAAGCCAGAGAGCUGAAAGUUCAGCCUGUUUAACAAUGCUCAUCAUCCGAGUUGUAUUCAUCCGUCAAUAACAUUCCGCCAUAUUGGAUUUUAGCAUUUGUGUACAAACAUGGUAAAAUUUUUUUUUAAUGUUUUCUUUCUGCUUUAAAUGAGUUAUAAUAAAUCAUUUUAAAACAUAAAGUCCAACAUAUUUUAGCCUUUGUAGACUAAGACACCUUUGUAGACCGAGCGUGCACAUAUGGGCAAUUGUUUACUUUUUUUUUUAACUGAAAUUAUUUACACUUUAAAUCUGGGUUUGGCGUGUGAUCUUGUAUGACGUGUGAUAAGACAUAAUUUCAGCCACCAUGUGUCAAGCUUCAUAUCAAAAUGCUGACCAGAAUCGUCCCAUCGGAAGAGUUUUUUUUCAAUUUAAUUUCUCAUUGAUAACCGUUGGUUGCAUCUUCAAGAAGACUCCCUAACUACCUGUACAUGAAUAUGGAUGUGUAGUUUAAACGAUUUUCUUAAUGAAUUGAAUGCAUUUUUGAGAGUUAUUUUAGUUAAAUUACACGACAUUAUUAAUUUUGACUCUUCAACUUCGGUUAUAUACGAUGUAUUGAAAGACGAGACAUACGACAUGAACCUUGUUUCGGCACUCGUUCCAGGUCCCAAAUACAGUCGUGUCUUGGGGGUCUCCUGUCCUGUCAACAGUUAAUGAUUGUAAAGGCUUUUGUUAAAUGAUAGGCAGAUGUUAACAAAUCUUUUAAUAAGUUAUUGGUUGCAUUUAAACAUACUCUAGUAUACUUUUUUAUUGGUUCAAACAUAGUAUUGCCCUUACCUGAUAAAACUGUUGCUUGUUUACAUAUUUCUGCUCGAAGCAAAACGCUCCAAAACCAUGGGAGCGUUACAGUUCCUACCCACACGAUCUCUAAUCGCAGCUGUAGCCCGCACGCAGCGCAAGACGCCACCAGCUAAGGGGUCUCACGCCGUCUCUCCGGUCGCAUUAUUUAGUGUUUGUAUCUUCUCGUUAUCGGCUGGCUGGCUGUGUGAUUCAUGUUCGACGUUUCGGGUCCUGCAGCCCCCCCCCGGCCCACCGGGUUCCCCCAAGCAAUUAGUUCGCAGCAUCCUGCCAGCAAUUUCCUGUAAAAACGUCCCACCUCUCCCUGCGCCAUUGCCCUAUUCCCUCGUUGCGGAGGAGCACCCAGGCCCACGUGGGGAGGGGUUUGGGAAAUAUUAAAUCGAGCGAUAAAACGGGCAACAAGCAGCGAGCGCCCGGGCUGCGAAGAAGCAUAAAUUAAAUUCCCAUUCCCGUGCCCGCCUGCAUCCCUUGGGCCUUUUCGGGGGGUUUGAGUGUGUGUGUGUGUGUGGGUGCGUACGUGAAGAGGAGAGGGGUAACGCACUUCCGCAUGUUAGAUGGUGGCACCAAUCCACGCUCCACAGCGUUUGGGGCAUGGUGCGGCCACAUGUUUGUGAAUUUAAAUAAUGUUAGCAAAUGCAACCAUCUCUCUCUCUCUCUCUCUCUCUCUCUCUCUCUCUCUUUCCUGCCCACCCUUUUUCUCGCUUCCCGGCACACUUUCUCGAGGACGCUCUCCGCAGCAGCCAGGGAGUUGUAGGGAAAUGGGAAUGGUGUGAUGCUGCAGUAUUGUAUAAAAAAAGGCGCUUUUACUCCCUGCCCGUGAUUUCUGGCGAGCAAAUGAAGAAAAACUAUUAAAAAAAAAAAGACAUACAAAACCGAACAAUACAGCAACGAAGCAACGUGGCAGCAGCAGCAGUUACAGUGAGUGGCACACAUGCACCUUGGUUCGCUUCUUCCGAAGUUUAUGGGCCUUUGUUGAGUUUCGUUGUUCGCUCGCCGUGUGUCCGCGAUCUACCGCGGCUGCCGGUCCAAAAAACGUGCGCUAGGGAAGAAACCCGGCGCUCCAGUAGAAGGUAAACACGAUUUGCACCACACAUUGCAUAACUUUCAGGGGGCAAAGCCUGCCUGGCUGGGCGCAAUAGGAAAACAGGUGAUGUAAACUUGGACAACUGUUGGGCUGCCGUGCACUACCAGGUUGUUAAACGGUUGCAGUGUGUCACUCACUGUGGGUUGUGGAGGGGGGGUUGGUGGGUGAGUGGACGUGUGGAAUAGUAGUAUUAAUAAUAAACCAAAAAAAAAA